AUGGCUAAUCUUGCAACUUUCAGACCGCCAACUAUCCAAAAUGAGCCCAAUAAACACUAUGCCAAAGGCUCUCCGGAUCGGGAGAAGCUGCAGAGUGCGUUGAAAGCGUUCAAGCGCAAUGCUCCCGUGCAGGUGCCGUUGAUGAUUGGCGGCAAAGCUGUCGAAACAUCCUCCGUUGAAACGCAGCGAAACCCUUCCGAUCACGCUCAGAUAGUAGCCAAAUACCACAAUGCCACCCAGGAGGACGUCAAAGCGUCGAUUGCUUCUGCACUGGAUGCAAAGAAGAAAUGGGAGAGCCUUCCAUUUGCCGAUAGAGCUGCGGUGUUCUUGAAGGCAGCCGAUUUGGUCGGUGGAAAGUACAGAUAUGAAAUCAUGGCCGCCACAAUGGUUGGCCAGGGCAAGAAUGCGUGGCAAGCUGAGAUUGACGCUGCCGCUGAACUGUGUGACUUUUUGAGAUUCAAUGUGCAGUACGCUUCGGAAUUAUACACCCAGCAGCCAGCCCACAAUGCCCCUGGAGUUUGGAAUCGCGUGGAAUAUCGUCCGUUGGAGGGUUUCGUUUAUGCAAUCUCUCCGUUCAACUUCACUGCAAUUGGCGGAAAUUUGCCAGCGGCUCCGGCGCUCAUGGGAAAUACGGUCGUCUGGAAACCGUCACCAUAUGCUAUGGCAUCCAACUUCUUGACUUACAAGAUCCUCGUCGAAGCUGGUCUCCCUCCAGGCGUUAUUCAGUUCGUCCCUGGUGACGCCGAAAUGGUUACUCGCACCAUCCUCGACCACCCAGAAUUCGCCGCUUUGCACUUCACUGGUAGUACCGCCGUUUUCCGCUCUCUGUAUGGCAAAAUCGCCCAGGGUGUUGCGGAAGGCAAAUACAAGGGUUACCCACGUAUUGUUGGUGAAACCGGCGGCAAAAAUUUCCAUCUUAUCCACCCCACCGCCGACAUUCACAACGCAGUCAUCAACACCGUCCGCGGUGCUUUCGAGUACCAAGGCCAGAAGUGCAGUGCCUGCUCCCGUGCAUAUGUUCCCGCCUCUAAAUGGGAUGAAUUCCGCACUCUUCUCGUGUCUGAGGUCGAGAAGCUCAAAAUCGGCGACCCAGAGGAUUUCACUAACUUCAUCGGCCCUGUCAUCCACGAGCCAUCCUUUGCCAAACUCUCCAAAGUCAUCGACGACGCCAAAUCGGACAAGUCGCUUACUCUUCUCGCUGGUGGCAAGCACGAUAAAUCAAAGGGCUAUUUCAUCCACCCAACCGUGUACUCCACCACCGAUAUCAACCACCAUCUCCUUUCCACCGAGCUUUUUGGCCCUGUCCUCGCCAUCGCCGUCUAUGAUGAUGCCGCCCCCAACGCUUUCGAGUCCAUUUGCAAAACCAUUGAUAGUACCGGCCAAUACGGCUUGACCGGCGCGGUCUUCGCCCAGGACCGGGAGGCAAUCUAUUAUGCCGAAAAUGCGCUGCGCACCACUGCUGGAAACUUCUACAUCAACUGCAAAUGUACUGGCGCCGUGGUUGGUCAACAGCCGUUUGGUGGAUCCAGAGCAUCUGGCACCAACGACAAAGCUGGAAGCCAGGCGCUUCUGAGCAGAUUCGUGAGCAUGCGGUCCAUCAAGGAAGAGUUUGUCGUUGUUGAGAAGGUGUUGUAUCCUAGCAAUGAGUAA